CCCCUCCCUCUCACCACAACACUCCUUUCUUCUCUCCUUCAAUAUGGCUAAGCAUAGCUGCCUUAGUGCUGCCUUCCUAGUGUUGCUAGGUCUAGGCUUGUGUAGUGCCUCUAGGGUCCUCCUCGGAGGGUAUGGGUACGAGGGUGGCGCAGGUUAUGGCGUUGGUGGUGGCUCUGGGUCUGGGAUGGGGAGCGUAGAAGGGGAACAUGGAGUAGGGUACGGUAGUGGAGGGGGGGGGGCCUCUGGUGCUGGCUAUGGGGCUGGUGGUGAUCAUGGGGCAGGGUAUGGUAGUGGGGGAGGCGGGGGCUCUGGUGCCGGCUAUGGUGCUGGCGGUGAUCAUGGGGUAGGGUAUGGUAGUGGUGGUGGCAGCGGUGGAGGUGCAGGAUAUGGUGCUGGAGGGGAGCACGGUGGUGGCUAUGGUAGCGGUGGCGGAGGAGGUAGUGGCUCUGGAUAUGGAGCUGGUGGAGAACAUGGUGGAGGAUAUGGAAGUGGUGGUGGUAGCGGUGGAGGUGCUGGAUAUGGUGCUGGAGGAGAGCAUGGAGGUGGCUAUGGUAGCGGUGGAGGAGGCGGUAGUGGCUCCGGAUAUGGAGCUGGCGGAGAGCACGGUGGAGGAUAUGGCAGCGGGGGAGGCAGUGGUGGUGGUGGCGGCUAUGGAGCGGGAGGGGAGCAUGGUGGUGGCUAUGGUAGUGGUGGUGGCGGUGGUGGUGGCAGCGGCUCUGGAUAUGGAGCUGGAGGUGCUGCUGGUGGUGGCUAUGGGGGUGGCUCAGCUGCGGGCUAUGGUAGCGGUGGCGGUGCUGGUAGUGGUGGUGGCUACGGUGCUGGCGGUGGUGGCCACGGGGGUUACUCUCCUUGAACGAGGAGAGAAGAGAGUGUUUAGUGCUGAGGGGAAUGGUGUGAAAAAUAGUAAGCUAAAUGUGAUGAAGCUUGGAACAGAAAUUAUAAGAUUAGGUUUAAUACUUCCCAAUUAUUGAAUAAAGUUUGUGUUUGUAGCCCCAACGCACAACCUUAUAUGUAUUGUUUGUCAUUACGUGAAUCAAAGUGUUGAGUUGUUAUCUGCCUAA